GCCACAUCGAGCAACAACGAGUGUUGCUCAUCAAGUCUCCGCAUCGACCAUCCUCCUCUCCUCUUCCUUGACCGCAACCCCACCACUCAACUUCUGCGUAGCAGUGGCGCCCGCUUUCACUGCGAUGGCCACCAAGACACGGCGGCCUCGCAAUGCCGCUUCGCACUCAUCACGCAAGCGCUCCUAUGCUCUAGCCACACUCAGCAUCCUGGCCACGGCCUUUGGUGCUGCACCAAUAGCCAAUGCAGCCGACUCCGACUCGUCAUCCUCGUCCAGCUUCCCUUCCAUCGACUUUGAUGCGCUGGGAGCAGUAGGGGUAGCGGGAGCCUUCUCAGGGCUCGAGGUCUGGUCACAAUCAGCCUCGUCGCUGAAUCCGGCCAACUCGUACAACCCUGGCGCGUCGACAAUUAUUGAGCGCUCGAGCAAUGGCACCCUCACGCAGCUGAAUGCUACACAGCCCGGCGGUAGUAUCACUGCCAUCUGCGCCAGGUCAAAAGCACCCGGCACCGUCUUUGUGGGAGGCAACUUCACGCAGAUGGCGGGCAUCAAUGCGAGCAACAUCGCUUCGUAUGAUCCGGGAACAAAGGUGUGGGAUCCCUUGGCCGGGGGCAUUCAGGGUGUGGUGACGUCGCUGUACUGCGGGGAUGACAUGGUGAUUGCAGGAGGCAACUUCACCGCGCCGACGUCGGUGCGCAAUGUCACUGCGACACGCUUCCAUGGCAAUGUGGCUGCGUGGAACUACACGUCCAAGGCGUGGCAGCCGCUCGACUUCGGUGGGCUCAACGGCACUGUGACGACGAUGGUACCGGGCGUGAAUGGCUCGUCGGUACGCUUCGGAGGAGAAUUUGAGACGGCUUUCGGCAAUCUCGGAGUCAACGGCUCUUUCUCUGGCACCAACACGUCGGCCACUUCCCUCUCAGACAAGUGGGCGCCCAUCUCCCUUGGCAUGAGUCUGUUCGAAGGUGGCCCGCCGUCUGCAGACGCCAACUUCGCAAUGGCUCCUCAGAUUCUCUGCCCGGCCGGCGCUGAUGGCCCCGGCAACUCCUACCUCUUCGCCGACAACGUCGCAGGCGAGCUGCGAGUCAGCAUGUACCAAAAGGUCUUCGGACGAGCCUUCCGUCUAGGCAAUACAUUCUACCAGGGCCGAGGCACGCAGAAUUUCUCCAUCACCUCGCUGCCGGACAAUGUCAAGCUCGAGCUCCUCUACCUCGACCCAAUCACCAAGAAGAACGUCACCUGCACGAGCUGUCAGCUCUUCCACGAGCCCUCGGUCCCAUACCAGGACUUCCUCAUCACCGACUUGCCAGCCAACAAUGCACCCAAUGGGACCAAGACGAUGAGUGGCUUCAAGCUGACUGCAGAGACGUGGUACGGCGCCGGAGCUGGCUUCCACAUCCUCGAGCUUCUGUCGGAUGGUGGAUGGGCUCGCUCCUACGAUGCUUACAACCGUGGAGCAUGCAACUCCCCCGAGAUUGGCGUCAAUGGGACUGGAUCGGGAACGUCGAACCAGGGAGACUGGUACCAAAGCUCGCUGGCUACAGAGUGGGGCGGGGUGCCGGAGAACGUGCUCCUCCUCACUGACAGCAAGAGCAACAUCGCCUCGCAUGCCGAUGCCACCGUCUCCUUCAACGUCGACGUUGCGGUGCAGGGCAACUACUCGGCCUACCUCCACGUCCCCGGCUGCCAGCGAUCAGGGCAGUGCGACCAGCGUACGGACGUCGUCGUCACUAUGAUCAAUAACUCGACGAACCCGGGCACCUCGAACCGCAUCUCGCAGAACGUCCAGAAUGACACCGAUAUCCUCGUGUGGGAGGGCCCCAUCCAGGCAACGAGCGAGCGCUUCAUGCCAUCCCUUGUCCUCUCCAUCCCACGAGACGCCCCAGCGCCUGCCGGCGACAGCUUCACCGUCGUGGCUGAUCGUGUGCGCUUCGAGCUUCGCAACAGCAACGAGACGUACCAGAUGAACCACGCAGAGGGCUUCGGACUGUUCGAGUACGACGUCCUCGACCCGCCGAUGUUGGCGCUGAACGUCAAUGCGACGGACAAUCUGCCCAUCAACACCAUCACCGACUUCAGCUCUUUCGGCGUCACUCUCGCCAAGCAAGGGCUGAUGCGCAACCAGAGCGAGUACGUCUCGUCGAUCGCGACGCUCAAGAAUUUCACUUUCGUAGGCGGUAACUUUACGUCCGCCAACUUUACGACCGGUCCGGCUGGCGUCGGAUUCCGUAACAUCGUCGCCUACAAUGUGACGCAGAACACGACAGCUGGCGUCAACAUGACGAGGCUGGCGAACGGUGGAGUCAACGGCACAGUCACGGCCUUGACACCCAUUGGCGACUUCCUCUUUGUGGGCGGUAGCUUCACUGGACUCGGAGACAGCUCAGCAGAGGCACGCUACAUUGCGCGCUAUGACCCCGUAGCCAAAGUGUGGGCGGCCCUCUCGAACGGCCCAGAUGGACCAGUGACCAGCAUGGCUGCGCUAGACAAGGAUGGGCUGCUAGUCUCGGGCAACUUCACCACCAUGGGCGGCUCACGUCAGGUGGGCGGGUACGGCGUGUGGAAUACGACGACGAACAGCUGGGUGUCGGAGGCUGAGCUGCUGGUGGGACAGGUCUCGUCGGUCACCGUUGUCAACGGCACUGCGUGGAUGGUGGGGUCCAUCGAAGGGCUGAGCCAGAAUGCCGCGUCCGGCGUGGCGGGCAUCGAGCCUCCAGCCAAGGACGGGAUGCCGCCGCAGAUCCAAGUCCUCAAUUUCGCCUUCCAGCCUCGCAGCGCUGCAGCCACGACGGCCACGGCCGCGGCUCCUGCUGCCAGUGGUAAUGCCUCGUCCAGCGCGGUGCUCAACAGCAGCGCAGCUGCCUCUAGCACUGCCACCUUCAGCCGACCUGCUUCCAGCACCGGCGUCGCCUCGCAGACAGCUAGCCGCCGAAGCGUCCCCACCGAGCCCGUCUCUCGCCGCUUUGCCUCCGUUGUGGGCGGUGAGCUCGCGUCGCCCAUGGAGGAGAAGAGGUCGGGCACCUUCCUGCGCCGUUUCAUUCCUGACGUCCUCAUUCGACCCUUUGUCCGACGAGCAGCAGCCAAAGCGGCAGCAGGCUCUACUCUGGCCACCACGGCCACUCGCAACCCCUUGAAUCGUGCCGACGCAAUGCAGCCAACCUCGCUCCAGAGCAACGGUGAUGCUGAGGUCCUGGCCUCCGCCUUCUGGCAACGCAGCGACGGCAGCUACAUGACGAUCAUCGGCGGCAACUUCACGACGAAUGCUGGCAUUCAGAACUUGGCCGUCUAUGAUCCCAAGGCUCAGCGACUGUACGCUUUCCCCGCUCUGCCGACGGGAGGCAACGCCAACAAGCCCACGGUGAUCCGAGCUCUCGCUGUCGACAACAACAUCCUGUACGCAGGUGGUGAUGGCGGUCUAGCUUCGUUCGACAUGGUCAACAACCGCUGGCUCACCUCGGGCCAGUCCCUCUCCGCCAAGACGGGUAGCAACCUCACCGUCAACGCCAUCGCCCACCGCCCGGACACGACCACGAUCGUCGUAGCUGGCGUCUUUAACAAUGCAGGCAUGCUUCCCUGCGAGAACGUCUGCGCGUGGGACACGUCAUCGCAAACCUGGUCACCUCUCAGCCCGGGUGUUAACGGCCAAGUCUCCGCAAUCGACUAUGCAGGCAGCAAGGCGUCGAGCCUUAUCGUUGCGGGCGCGAUCAAUCUCAACAACACGCAGACGGCCCUCGCCGCGUACGACUUCGACUCGCACUCCUGGACGUCACUGGGCAAUAUCGGCACCUCGCCCACGCAGGCGCGCGGCCCCGCGACGGCAGCAAGUGUCGACGAUCUGAACAUGGCUUCCAUCUUUGUCGCUGGCCGCACCUCGGACGGGUCGGAGCCCUACCUCGCCAAAUGGGACGGGUCCUCCUACCAGCACCUGCAGUCCGCGGAGCUGAUGGCCGACACGGGGAUCGCGCAGCUGACCUUUGUGCCCAUCAACAAGGCGCACAAGAGCAACAACAUCCUCGAGAACAAUCGCCUGCUCGUAGUCAGCGGAGCGUUGAAGAUGCGCAGCUACGGGAAUGUGAGCAGCGCCUUCUUCGACGGGCAGAGCUGGACCCCCUUCCUCAUCUCGACGGGCAGCUCAGGCUCGCCAGGGAUUGUGCGAACAUUCAGCAGGAGUACGGAGGUGCUUAAGUUCCCCAACCUGCACCACUUGGCUGUCGGUCUCGUCAUCCUGAUCUCCAUCGCCAUCGGACUGGGCGUCGUCUUCCUCCUCGUGCUGCUCGGCCUCCUUGUCGCCCUCGCGCGUAGAAGGCCCAACAGGGGGGUGGACGUGCCGAUCUCGCCUUCGGACGAGAUGCUCAGCACCGAGAAGAAGCGACCCUCCAGCCUGCUCGCGACGCUCAAUGCUGCGACGGAGAAUGUGAUGGGCGCAGGUGCCGGUGCGGGAGCGGGAGCCGCGGGCGUGGGGGCGGCGGCGGCGGCUACUUCGUCGGGGCAUGGACGUAACACCUCUGCUCCCCUCACCACUGAAGGAGGAUACACUACCGACCCUUCUUCUCACGAGGGCAUGACGGGCCGUUCAGACUACUACACAGAUGAGUCCGCCGAACAGCGUGGUGGUGCAGCACCAGCACUUGGAGCCAUCGGCGCAGCGGGUGCCGCAGGGGCAGCAGGUGCAGCGGCGACGAGUAGCGGGCACGACGAUGAGGCGGGCGUGGAGGCGCACAUGCGCUUCUCCUUCGAAGCUACACAUCCGUCAGAGCUCGGGGCCAGGGCGGGCGAGUCGGUCACCAUCUUGGACGACUCGGAUGAGCAUUGGUGGCUUGCCCGAGCAGAGGAUGGGCGCGUGGGCGUGGUGCCCGCCAGCUAUGUGCUCUAGGCGGCUCAGCCGCCAGCAGCAGAAGCAGCAGCAGCCCGGCGCGGCUGGCUUGUCACGAUGCAAACGCAAACGCUACCAUGGACUCUGUGGAUAUUGGAAGGAUGACGAACGACGAUCUAAUGCAGCAGCAGCCACCCCACCUCACCCGUUUCUCUAGAGAACGCUCCUACGUUCCUUCACCCACCC